CCUCGCUCCACGCGCCUAGGUCCUCCGGCCGCCAGUGGCCGCUGCGGGCACCGGGAUCCAGGCCGCCCUGCCCGCCGGUUGCCGGGGAGCGGCCGCCGAAGCCCGCGGAGCUGGGGAGCUGGCGGCAUCAAGAGGUACUUUCUUGGGACUCUGGACCUUCGGGGCUCCCAGCUAUGCAGCAGCAGGUCCUGUGCGAGCCGGACCACCCCAGGCCUGAGGGGGAGCUGCUGCCAUGCCUCUGCUCCGCGACCCCGCCAGCCAUGGCUGAGCACACGGCCCUGACCCUGGGCGUAGGCAGCAGCACCCAGAGGAGCCGUUUCCCGGGUCAGCCAGGCUGCCCCCAGCCCUGAGGGCUGGCCCCCCGGACUAUGCCAUCCAAGUUGGCGAGCUUGGGGCACUCAGAGGCCGCCUCCCAGCAGCCCACUCCCCAGGGGUGUCUGCGUCCUGAAGGCAGCAUGCUCAAGGGACUGCUUCCGAACAGUGAUGAAGAGCCUGUCCCCUGCCUGGGGUCCCCGGCUGCUGGCGACCGUCGGGGACCCGAGAGGAGCCCAGAGCUCCCCCUGGACACCCCAGAGCAAGUCAGCAACGAGGACCCACAGGCCCAAGCGAGACCCUUCACCCCGAAGCCGCCACCCCCGAGGCCCAGGCUGGAGCGGGCGCUAUCCCUGGAUGAGAAGGGCUGGAGAAAGAGGCGUUUUCGAACCAGCCGUGAGGACCUGACUGUGCGGAAUGGGGCCAGCCCCUUGGGGGGUUCCCUGCAGGACGAGACCCCCAGGAUCCCCGCCCGCAGCGGCUCCCCACCUUGCCUGAGCGCCUCCCUGCAGGAGAUCCCCACGGCUCGCAGGGCCCCGGGCAGCGGGGGGCCCUCCUCAUGGGGAAACUGUCUUUCCGGGAUGAUCAGCACGUCCCUGGACCUGCUGCACCGGGAAGGGGCCUCGGCCGGGAGUGCCCCCCGGCUGGCCAGCCUGCUUUCCCCGCGCCCGCUGCCCGCCAUGGGCCGCAAUGUGGCCUCCGAAGGCCUGCGGACAGCGAACAAGGUGGACCCGGAUCACGCCGACUACAAGCUCCGGCUGCAGGCCAGGCUGUUCCGCGCGCACAGCAGCCUGGGCCCCGGCCGGCCCCCGAGUCCCCUGGCCUGCGACGACUGCUCCCUCCACUCGUCCAGGUCCACCUUCAGCCUCCUGGCGCCCAUCCGUGCCAAGGACGUCCGGAGCAGGAGCUACCUGGAGGGGAGCCUCCUGGCGAGCGGGGCCCUGAUGGGGGCGGACGAGCUGGCCCGUUACUUCCCGGACCGGACCGUGGCUCUGUUCGUGGCCACAUGGAACAUGCAGGGCCAGAAGGAGCUGCCCCCGAACCUGGACGAGCUCCUGCUGCCGGCCGAGGCUGACCUGGCCCAGGACCUGUAUGUCGUGGGCGUCCAGGAGGGCUGCUCCGACAGGCGGGAGUGGGAGACGCGGCUGCAGGAGACGCUGGGCCCGCACUACGUCAUGCUGUACUCGGCAGCCCACGGCGCGCUCUAUAUGUCCGUGCUCAUCCGCAGGGACCUCAUCUGGUUCUGCUCAGAGGUGGAGAGCUCCACGGUGACCACCCGCAUCGUGUCCCAGAUCAAGACCAAGGGGGCCCUGGGCGUCAGCUUCACCUUCUUCGGCACCUCCCUGCUCUUCAUCACGUCCCACUUCACCUCUGGAGACGGGAAGGUAGGUGAGCGGCUGGUGGACUACAGCAAGACCGUCCAGGGCCUGGCCCUGCCCAAGAACGUGCCGGACACCAGCCCCUACCGCUCCGACGCUGCGGACGUCACUACCCGCUUCGACGAGGUCUUCUGGUUCGGAGACUUCAACUUCCGCCUGAGCGGGGGGCGGGCGACCGUGGAGGCCAUCCUGAGGCAGGACCUUGGCUCCAGCGUGCAGGCCCUGCUGCAGCAUGACCAGCUCACCCGUGAGAUGCAGAGAGGGUCCAUCUUCAAGGGCUUCCAGGAGCCGGACAUCCACUUCCUGCCGUCGUACAAGUUCGACGUCGGGAAGGACUCGUAUGACACCACCUCCAAGCAGAGGACCCCGUCCUACACGGACCGCGUCCUGUUCAGGAGCCGCCACAAGGACGACAUCUGCCCCGUCAAGUACUCCUCCUGCCCCGGCAUCAGGACAUCUGACCACCGCCCCGUGUACGGCCUGUUCCGGGUCAAAUAUCCCGCUAGCUGCUGGGAAGUUCGACCGGGAGCUGUACCUGCUGGGAAUCAAGAGACGCAUCUCCAGAGAGAUCCAGAGGCAGCAGGCACUCAAGAGCCAGCACGCCAGCGCCAUCUGCACCGUCUCCUGAGGGCAUCUGAGGAAGGCCCAGGUACAAGCCAUGCCCAGGAUGGAACCAGCAAGUCCCGCAGAGCCCCCGCUCAGGCUGGGCUGCGCGGGGCCGACCCUGACCUCCCUGCACCGUGGGGGUCGCCAGCGGCAGAAGGACCGCAUCAGGCUAGCCAAGCGCAGGUCACGCGCCCUGCGGGCAGGCGCCCUAACCUCCCGUUAGGUCAUCACGUGUGCACAUCCAGGUUCAUCAUUGGAAGCAGCCUCCCCGCCCGCCAACCCAGACCCAGAGCUGCCCUUCUGAUGCCCAGUGGUGGGCAGGGGGCGCUGCUCAGGCCCAUGAACUGCCUCGCUUUCCCCCCUAGCCGUUGGGUCCAUCUGCUGAGGUCACGGCAGCCCAGAGCAGCAGGAGCGUGAGGGACCACUUCUGGCCCAGAGCAGCCGCUGGUAGUGUGGGGUGUUGCCACUUUGCUGGCCGAGGCCGCCCCGUCUUUUUUUCUUAAAUGAUUUAGAGCCCGUUACUGCCUUGUGGCUUACACCCCAUCUCAUAAAAACAAACAAAAAAAAAAGCGUAGGCUUUGAAUGUGGGAAAAUCUAGGGGCAUUCAAU